AUGGCGUCCGCAUGGAUUGAGAAAUUGAAGACGGCACAGAAAACGUGCAUGAUACAAGACGGAAGAAGAAAAAUUCAUUUCGUAUUUCCAGACGGAACAGAGAUGGCAGAAGAGUAUGACUUGAAAACAUCAGAACUUGUUUCAAGAAAAUGGAGAAGAAAAGCAACACUAGGUGUAAAGGAGUCAAAAUGGGAGUUUGAAGUUGGAGAGCAGUUAGUUCCCAGAAACUUAGACUCAGAGGGCCUGUUGGAGAGUGCAGCAAAUCCAAUUUUUGCCAGAAAAGACACUGCUUUAUCAUUUCAGUGGAGAAUUAGAAACUUACCCUAUCCAAUAGAAACAUACAAUGUAACGGUUGACCCUGAGAAUAGGACAAUUACUGUUAGUACCACUAAUAAAAAGUAUUUUAAGAAGUUUCCUAUACCAGACAUGGACAGAGCACAGCUACCUCUAGAACAAAAAGCACUGAGUAUAGCACAUGCCAACAAUACUCUCAUAAUAACUUACAAGAAGCCAAAGGAAAUUCUACAGAUGGAAAAAGAGAUCCAAGAAGAAUUCAAGAAGUUAAAGGCAGCAAAAGAUGGUGAUGUAGACUGCACACCUAGUUGAUCAAAUUAUUCAUAGGCCAAAGGUCAACUUCCAAUACAUGUGAUCUCAGAAAAUCUGUGAUGAACUGCUGAUGAAGGAAAUAAUCUGAAAAAAAAACUAAGGACUAUUUCGGGUGAUUGACUCGAGUAAGAAUAAUG